AUGGGUGCGGUCGCUUCGCGGUCAGCAGGAGAGGGCGAUGCUGCGGCAAAUCCAAGAGAGAGCUCGCCUGCGCCGUUAGCCAAUCGAGACUUUGAGACUCUGCGUCGUGAAGAACUUGUGCUAGAAGCGGCGGCCAAUCCCCUCGAGGACAUUCCAUCCUGUCUCACGCUUUUUGACAAGUGGCUUACAUGCUACGCGCUAGGUGAGCAGUUUCGAAGCGUGUACCGUUACGGAACGAUCGCGAACUGUGCGCCACGGCGUGAAGACUUCAAAUUCUGUUUGACUCUGCGGCAAUAUGAUCCAGAGACGCGUCGCGCCAAGUGGCUCGAACGCCGCGCUGAGGCCAGUGCACAUCAACGCAAAGGUGUUCGGACAAGCGAAGCCGUUUGGGAAAUGCGGCGAGACCCAUUGAUGGACCCAGCAUUCGUCGACCCAUCCUAUCCACUUCCUUCUUGUACGUAUCCCUGCUAG